GCCGCCGCCUGUCCGAUAACACUCGAACUCAACCUCCACGCGGCUAUCUCCCCUCUCAGGUUGCUUCUCUCCAGCCCGAUCCAUGUCCAGAUUCCGCUCUCUCCUGCAAGCGUCAAUCGCCGCUACCAAGCGAGCACUGGCUUGGAAUGUAGAAGAUCUAAUGCCGCCAAGUGAAAAAUUUGUGUUCAACUUCAAUUCAAAAGAGGAAUUGAAGAGGUGGCACUUGCAUUCUGACUCAGAAUUUGGAGGCUUGUCUACAGCUUCUUUGGAGAUCACUGAUGUUGGUAGUAAUGAGGUACUAAGUGGUGUAUUCUCUGGCAAUCUUUCAUUAGAUAUAACUGAGGGGUCCUUAUGGAAAUUGAAACACAGUGGUUUCUGUGGAAUGCGGUCAAAAAAGUUCAACGGCUUUAUUGACUUGGAGUCAUAUGAUACAUUAGCCAUGAGAGUCCGGGGGGAUGGAAGAUGCUAUAUAUCUACUAUAUAUACAGAUAAUUGGUUAAGUACUACACCGGGGCAGCAGGAAAACAAUUCAUGGCAAGCUCUUGUAUAUGCUCCCAAGAACCAAUGGCAUGUCACAAAGAUCCCUCUACAUCAGUAUGUAGCAAAAUACAAAGGCCGUGUGAUCAGUUCAGAGACGGAGAUGAAUCCAUCGCGAGUUGUCGCAAUGGCUCUUUCCGUUAAUGCUGAAAGGGAUGUUCGUGUUCCUAUAUCUGGACCUGGAGAUUUCAGACUGGAAAUUGAUUGGAUAAAAGCACUGAGAACAACAGAUCUCAUCUAGAAACCACUCAAAAUAUUUAACCUUUUGGGAUCAUCUCAUACCCUACUUUCAACUUUUUCACCAGUAUAAAUUUCACUCACACUUGUCAUCGGAUUGACUCAAAACUCAGAUCCGACUCAGCCAACAGGAUAUUGAAAAUUGUUACAUUUGUCUCCAGUUGUUGAUGCAUUUGACGGGAACAACUCUGGCCAAACUCUAUUUGCUGACACAGUUGUUAGAGUCAAAUAAAGGUAACAUCGAGAAGUAUUUAAUAAUUUCUGUACUAUUCAAUUCCAAUCUUGGCAUCGCAUGAUGUUCAGUUAAAUGAAUAUUUUUGUAGAAAUGAUUAAAACUCUUUCUUUUUCUAACACUGUUGUUAUACAUGGAUUUGAAUUUA